CUUCACCACCUCCCAACAAACCACCCCUAACCCUUACCGCCCCCCCACUCGCCCCCACCACGACACCGCGUUCCGUACACACAACAGCAGCUCUGUCGGGAAUCGGCGACUCAUUCUCAUCUCGGAGCGAGCGAGCGAGGCGCGGCGCGAGGUUUUGCGCGUUCGAGACGCUAGCGGCACCGCGUCUCUUGCCCCGCUCCUGCUCCUCUUAGCGUGGUGGGGGGGAGGGGGGGGGCUCACGCUAUCAAUCACUGUCUGGUGCGUGCUUGUGUGUACAUGGACAUGCAUCGAUAUUGGUAGCAGCAGCGGCAUCAUCGCCAUCUUCAUCGCCAUCAAGUUGUUGAUGCGCUUCUCUCGCGUGCCGGUGAAGUACAAUGCGGGGAGCCGAAUAAGCGAUGGCGCUUACAGAUAGCUGCUGUUGAAGUUGCUCUUAGCGUUGAAGUGAUUUCUAGUAAGAUCACGAUCGUCAUCACCAGUCGCGUCAGUCGAGUGGCACGAGGGAGAGGAUUUUAAUGUUGUUGUUGUUGUGUUGCGAGUGUCGCUUUGCACGGUGAGAACGCAAAUUGUCAUCAGCAAACGUCGUUAACAUCGUCGUCAUAGCGACCGCGUUACCUCUCGACUCGAAAGCAAAGAACGAUUUCGUCUCGACAUCGCCGGGACAAUCAUCGCCACACGACAUCAUCACCUCCACCACCACCACCACCAUCAUCAUCAUGUCCAAGGGACUCUGCGUGACCGCCACGGCUUGGCAGCUCCUCGCAUUCUCUCAACCACAACCCUCCUCCACCUCUUCCACCUCAUCGGGAGACGCCGGCGCCUCCACCCCGAACCCUCGCCCCAAUCCGGGCCCCAACCAUUACGGGACGACGACGUCGCCGGCCGCCUCCUGGACCUCGGCGGUGGUCACGGGGGGGGCAGAGUCGGAGAGGAUUCGCGCUCGCGAGAGGCUCGAGGCGAGCGUCGCGGCUCUGCGAGAACUCCAACUUCUGCGGGAGGAGCGGGAGGCGAGGGUGCGCGAAGCGCUCACGCGGCCGACGACGCAGCGGCCGCAGCCGCAGCGUCGCGGGAGGGAGCGGUGCUAUGGCCGGGGCCCAGGACGGUCGGACGGAAAGGCGGAUGAUGCGCUCCUGGCGGUGGGACGAGAUCUGGAGUUGAUCAAGGAGCAGCUGCAGUGUGAACUGGGGAAGCCGUGCGCUCUGGAGCGGCCGCUGAGCGAGCUGCGCGUGGACACGGACGGCACGGACGUGGACAGCAGACCCAGCUCCGGCUUCUACUCCAUGAGUGAGGACGGUUCCCUCUCCCUCUCCAACUCCUGCAGCUCCAUCUCCAGCUCGGGCCCAGCGCCGGCUCCCCACGCCCCAUCGACGUCAACACCGUCGUCGUCGUCGGUGGCGCCGGCGGCGACGACGACGACGACGGGGCAGCUCCCCGUUCGUCUCCGCCGCCCUGCGGCCCGUCCUAGGCCCCAGGAGAGGCCUCGGUCGGCCGUGGAGCUGCCCUCAUUCCUAAGAACGACAGGGCAGCAGCAGCAUCAUCAUCAGCAGCAGCGGUCGCCGAAAGCCAAAGCCGGGCCGUGUAGGCCUCAGUCGUCGUACGACCUCGGCGACGGCUCAAACGCGCGGACGUCCCCGGUCGGGCUCGCCGACCCCGUGACCUCCGCCCCGGGUCGCGACCCCGACCCGCGCUUCCGCCGCGACCUGCGCUCGCGAGACGGCUCCGAGGUGUACCGCUACCCGAGCCCGCUGCACGCUAUCGCCAUGCAGAGCUCCGCAUUCCUGCACCGGCGAGGCACCGGCGACGACCACGACGCCGCCGCCGCCGGCGCCGCCGCCGCCGAGUCGCCCGACGGCAAACCUCCGACGAGCGACCGCACCCGCCGCCGCCGUCGCCACGACGACGCCGGUGCGGACGACGAGGGGAGCGCGACCGUCGCGGCGCCUCCCGGCGCCGACAAGGCGACCGCCUACAUCGCCGCACUGCUGAAGAGGCGCGGGCAGAAGACGCGGAGGAGGACGUCGGGGGCGGGCGCCUCCGCCGCCGUCGUCGAGAGGAAGGCGUCCGACGCUGCCGAGACGUCGGGGUCUCCGUCGGCGGAGGUUGCCCGCGGCCGCCCCAUCACCAACCUGAGCGUGCGGUACAAGCACGGGGCGGCCGCGGCGGCGGCGUCGCCCGUGCCGGCGGCGACGGCGCACGGUGUCGGUGGCCCGGCGGGCUCGGCGGCGGGCGGCAGCGGCGUGAACCUGGCGCGCUCUCCCCGCGGCGCCGGCGGCACGCUGCCUGCGCUGGUGCGGCCCGCGUCCAUCGCUCACUUUGACACCUCGCGCUACCACGACGACGGCGAGGACGACGACGGCGGCGGCGGCGACGACGGCGGCGGCGGCGGUGACGAUGACGAGCGGCGGUGGAGAGCGUCCGGCCCCCACGUCCAUCCCGGCGCCGGCGAUCGUCGCUCCUCUUCGGGGAAAUCGCCAAACCUGCAGCAGCAGCAGCAGCAGUCCACCGACAGGGAGCGCGAGCGCCGGCGCCGCGCGCUGGCCUCCGUCUCCAUGGACCUGCGCCCGCAGCGCGGGGCCGGCUGGUGGGGCGCGGCGGCCGAGCCGACGGUGGGCGCCCCGGGCUGGCAGCAGGGCGAGCUGGGCAGGCCCCAGUACCAGCAGCGGGUGGCACGGAUCUGCAAGCUCGGCCACGGCAGCUGGGCCGGCUCCCUGCCCAAGUCGCUGGACCUGCGGGGCGGCUACCGCCACCGUCAAGACGACGACGGCGACGACGACGACGACGGCGGCGGCGGCGGCGGCGGCGCCUCUGACCGACGGCGCCCGGGGAACGCGGCUCGGUCGUCGUCGUCCAAGAGGCACCGGCUGCGCGAGGGCGUCGAGCUCGUGCGGCAGAGCUUCCGCCUGCCGGGGCGGCGCCGGCGCGCCAGCGGGGAGCGCGCCAGCUCCGAGCUGGACGUGUCGGGCGGCAGGCGCCAACUCACGGAACAGGAGGAGGCUGCGGGCGCCUCGACGGCGUUCGAUUACCGCCAGCGCUUGGUGCUGCACCCGUCCGAGGUCCGCGGCAUCGGCGCCGCCGGAACCAGAGCCGGCGGACAUCGGCGGUGGUGCUCGACGAUGGAGAUUGCCCGAGGAGGAGGAGGAGGGGGCGGCGGCGGCAACGACGACGACGAUGCCGGCGGCGAUGUCGGAACGCCGCUGGAGCCGCCGCGGUGGCUCGUGCGGGCGGGCGCACGCGACGGCGCGUGGAGCCCCACGUGGGCCGUGCGGGGGCACGCGGACGCCAGUCCCGGCUACCCCAAUGGUCACCCGGCCGCCGGCUACCCCAACGUCUACCCGGCUGCCGGUUGCCCGGGCGAACUGCUGCAGCGCUCGGCCAUCGCCGAGAUGAGCGAAGACGACGCCGACGAGGAGGACGGCGCGGCGGGCCGACUUCCCGCCGACGGCUCGGCCGAGCCGAGGAGCUCCGGCGACGGCCCGGGCUCCGCGUCGCCGUCGCGGCCCGGAUCCGGCUCCGCGGAGGGGCCCCGCGGUCCGUGCCGGGUCUCCCAGCAAGUCCGGGCCGUGCCGUCGGCGGUCAAGCGCAAGAUCCGGCAGCGGAUCGCGGACGCGGCCAAGACGAGCACGGAUGUGUAGCGCGACGGACGCACAAACUACUCGGGUAUCGGAGCUUGGAGACGGGGGCUGUCAAGGGCUCACAGCUGCUUAGGGCUGCGUUGCCGUGGCUGUGCGACGAGAUGUCCCGACGUUUUGCCGCACGCUCGCCCGGGACGAUUCUUCUGAGUUUGUAACAUUGCACUCCCACGUGCCGUGCGCGCGUGUUUGUCACGUGUCGGUCGCGUCCCCACCACGGCUGCGUGUGUGCGUGUGUGUGUGUCCGACUGUCCGUCCGCGUGUGAGAGACGUAAAGAGCCAGCCGAAGCAAUCGAUUCAAGAACCGAUUUUCGUCGUGAACGCUGCGGGUGAAUGGUAGCGGCCGCUAGCGGCUGGCUGGUCUGCACGGAUCACAAGACCCCAUUAUAUACUACAAGAAAUAUAGUAAUGGUAGUAAUCGUUUGAAGCUUAUUUUUUAUCCACUGGUGGAUGACUGCAUCCCAGUGCUACGUGCCAGUCGUCAGGGGGGUGGGGGUGGGGGAGUGGUGCAGGGUUUCCGUACCGGUCGGUUCAUGUUGGUGAACGGUGGAUUCCCAGGGCCUGUUCAGACAUCGCUCGCCACUGACGUUAUCCGUGACCGGGGAUCUGACUCGGGUCGGCGGACUCGCGGCGCAGUGCGCUCACCGCUGCGCCACCGCUCAACGCCGCGUUACAGCGUGUGGGGGGGGGGGGGGGGGUGGGGGCGGGGAGGCGCUUCACAAAAUUAUUAAUAUCUCACUCGCGUGCUUCAUGAGCCUUAACAAUCGACGUUGAGCGACGUGUCCGUAUAAUUAUUAUUAUUUGUUACAGCUCCUCCCGGAAAGUUUUAUGUCAUCAAAAACCCUUCGGGAUUGAUGGAUGGAUGGAUGGAAAACAUCGCGGGGGGGAAAAAAACGCACCAAGGUGUGACGGGUACCUGGACCCCCCCCCCCCC